AUGCCCACGAUCAAUCUGGAUGACUCGGACAGCUCGUCCUUGGCGUCCUCCGUGGGUGGUCUUCUGAUGGACCUUCGGGAAUUCGUCAACCAUCCCAGCGUGGGUAUCGGCCACUGGGAGGCGGCUCGAAGGGCGGAGGAAGGCUACGCCCAGCUGGGUGAAUCUCCCAGCGGGUUCGGAAGGGAGAACGAAACCAUCAUUCUGAUCGGCAACUGGAUCACCAGAUGUGGUCGUGCCAUCGUUCGUGUCUCUCGUGCCAUCGUCCGUGUCUUUGAUGGUCUCGUCACACUGGCCAAGGAUACUUACAGUUUCUUGUAA